GGGAGGAUUAGAGCCCUGAACAGUCAGAGGAGAAAGAGGAAAAAGGUAGGAGGAGGUUGGGGGCAGAAAAGCCAGCAGGCUGGCACUCAGCUUGGAGAGAGCAACCCCCCCCAAAAAACCAUCAGUAAUACCACCCAGCUGCACUGGACCCCAGGCUUGUGGAGCAAAGAUCUGCUGAAGGUCUCCUUGGUCGACCAGAACCUGGACAACCCAGAAGAAGAGGUCCCUGACCACGAGUCGUAAGGCUUGUCACAGCUGCAAACCGGGGACAGGGGGCUAUUAAUGCACAGAUAGGCGAGGGAGGGGGGGCAGCCUUAGAAUAAAUACAUUCUGGGGUUAUUCUUAUACCCCAUCUAGGGGCAAAAAAAAAAGACACCAAGAGGGAGCAGGUGCUGAGAAUCCCUGGGAAUCGGGUUAUUUUGUAUCAUAUGUUUUUUUAUUGAUACAUUGUAUCCAGCACCAAGACGAUAAUACAUAUUGAUGACAUCAUUGUGGACAUUUUUUUUUACAUAUAAAUAUAUAUUUUUUUAUACGUGUAUAUAGGGGGAAAAAAAUUAUUUAGAGGCUGGAAAAAAAAAUAAGGCUGGAAGGAGGCUACAUGAAGAGAAAAAGGACUGCCUAAUUUCCCAUACUUGCUUCUGAUGGAGGGACUCGGCGGCGUCUGAAGGUAUCAGGACUAACGUUCUCCUCUCUCGAAAUGAAGGUUUGAAGAAGGAGCACCUGUGUCAUCGAGAAGAACGAGGACAGAAAAGGGGUUCCCUCCAAUUCUUCUUCUAAUUUUUUUUUGGGGUUGGAAGGGAGGAGGCGUUGGAAGGAGGCCCUCGGAGUCUGUUUGACCUCCCUAUUUGCAAUAUGGCUGGUGCUAGAAUUUGGGGGUUGAGGAAACGGUGGCUCGCAGGGCACCCCGAGUCUUCCUGUUAGCAAUGGCCAAUGUCAUCAAACUCCAGAGCAUCUUCAGCAGCUCGAGCUUCAAUAUGAGCGCCAACCAGCAACAUGCAGACUCUUCUUCCAUUCUUGCCCACAAGGGAGAUGCCCUUAUUAUCCCGGUGCCCCCGGAUGUGCCUUGUGAUGUUAAGGGACAGAGAAUGUGGUGGGCAUUCCUCGCCUCGUCCAUGGUGACGUUUUUCGGAGGGCUAUUUAUUAUCUUGGUGUGGAGGACCCUUAAGUACCUGUGGACUGUCUGCUGCCACUGUGGGGGCAAAAACAAGGAGGCGCAGAAAGUCACCAAUGUUGUCACCACCCAAGUGACCGAUGGGGACUACAAGCCAACAGACGAGAAAGAAGAAGUCGCGGUGGCCGAGGUGGGGUGGAUGACAUCCGUCAAAGACUGGGCCGGCGUGAUGAUAUCUGCGCAGACCCUAACGGGCCGCGUGCUGGUUGUGACCGUCUUCGCCCUGAGCAUCGGAGCCCUCGUCAUAUAUUUCAUCGACUCCUCCAAUGAUAUUGAAUCCUGCCAACACUUCUACAAGGACAUCACUCUUCAGAUAGACAUGGCUUUCAACAUCUUCUUCCUGCUGUACUUUGGUCUGCGGUUCAUCGCUGCCAAUGACAAGCUGUGGUUUUGGCUGGAGGUGAAUUCGGUGGUGGAUUUCUUCACCGUACCGCCCGUGUUUGUGUCUGUAUAUUUAAACAGGAGCUGGCUGGGUCUGAGGUUCCUCCGAGCUCUGCGACUCAUCCAGUUCUCCGAAAUCCUGCAAUUUUUAAACAUAUUAAAAACAAGUAAUUCCAUUAAGCUGGUGAACCUCUGCUCAAUAUUCAUUAGCACGUGGCUGACAGCUGCCGGCUUCAUCCACUUGGUGGAGAACUCGGGAGAUCCAUGGGAUGAUUUCCGCAACUCCCAGGCUCUCACCUACUGGGAGUGCGUCUACCUGCUCAUGGUGACCAUGUCCACCGUGGGAUAUGGAGAUGUUUAUGCAAAAACCACCCUCGGCCGUCUCUUCAUGGUCUUCUUCAUUUUAGGCGGUUUGGCCAUGUUUGCCAGCUACGUCCCCGAAAUCAUAGAAUUAAUAGGAAACCGAAAGAAAUAUGGUGGUUCUUAUAGUGCAGUUAGUGGACGGAAACAUAUCGUGGUAUGCGGUCACAUCACUUUAGAAAGCGUCUCCAACUUCCUGAAAGAUUUCCUGCACAAAGACCGCGACGACGUGAACGUGGAGAUCGUGUUUCUGCACAACAUCUCCCCAAACCUGGAGCUAGAAGCUCUGUUCAAAAGACACUUCACUCAGGUAGAAUUUUAUCAAGGAUCCGUCCUGAAUCCACACGAUCUGGCGAGGGUUAAGAUUGAGUCAGCAGACGCGUGCCUCAUUCUCGCAAACAAGUACUGCGCGGAUCCCGACGCAGAAGACGCAUCCAACAUAAUGAGAGUCAUCUCCAUCAAAAAUUAUCACCCCAAGAUACGGAUCAUCACUCAGAUGCUGCAAUAUCACAACAAGGCUCAUCUACUCAACAUACCCAGCUGGAAUUGGAAAGAAGGGGAUGACGCCAUCUGCUUGGCUGAGCUGAAGCUGGGUUUCAUUGCUCAGAGCUGCUUGGCCCAAGGUCUUUCCACCAUGCUAGCGAACCUCUUUUCUAUGCGCUCCUUCAUCAAGAUCGAGGAGGACACGUGGCAGAAGUACUACUUGGAAGGUGUGGCUAAUGAAAUGUAUACCGAGUACCUAUCCAACGCGUUUGUGGGUCUCUCAUUCCCAGCGGUGUGUGAGUUGUGCUUCGUGAAGCUGAAGUUACUGAUGAUAGCCAUAGAGUACAAAUCAGAGAAAGGAGAAAGCAGAAUUAUAAUCAAUCCUGGAAACCACCUGAAAAUAAAAGAAGGCACCCUGGGAUUCUUUAUCGCGAGCGACGCCAAGGAAGUAAAAAGGGCAUAUUUCUACUGUAAAGCGUGUCACGAUGACAUCACCGACCCCAAACGGAUCAAGAAAUGCGCCUGCAAAAGACUCCUCCUCACUCUUCCCUGCCUGACCGCUUUGCCUGUGUUUGCAGUUGAAGAUGACCAACCUUCUGCUUUGUCGCCUAAAAAAAAGCAAAGGAACGGAGGAAUGAGGCACUCACCAAACUCCUCGCCCAACAUAAGACAUGACCCCCUACUUAUGUCAGCGAACGAUCAGAUCGACAACAUGGAUUCCAGUAGCGUGAAGAGAUACGACUCGACGGGCAUGUUCCACUGGUGUCCGCCCAAGGAAAUGGAGAAGGUGCUUCUGACCCGCAGCGAAGCGGCCAUGACGGUUUUGAGCGGCCACGUGGUCGUCUGCAUUUUUGGAGACGUGACGUCGGCCCUAAUAGGACUGCGGAAUUUCGUGAUGCCGCUGAGGGCCAGCAACUUCCACUACCACGAGCUGAAGCCGAUCGUGUUCGUGGGGUCCUUGGAGUACCUGAGACGGGAGUGGGAGACGCUCCACAACUUCCCAAAAAUCUCUAUUCUACCCGGUACGCCAUUAAGCCGAGCUGAUUUACGAGCUGUCAACAUUAACCUGUGUGACAUGUGUGUCAUCUUGUCAGCUAAUCAGAACAACAUCGACGAUACUUCACUGCAGGACAAGGAAUGUAUCUUGGCGUCCCUCAACAUCAAAUCCAUGCUGUUCGACGACAGCAUCGGAGUCUUGCAAGCAAACUCUCAAGGAUUUACGCCCCCUGGGAUGGACAAGUCUUCUCCUGACAACAGCCCGGUUCACGGUUUGGCCCGCCAGGCGUCCAUCACCACAGGGGCCAACAUCCCCAUCAUUACAGAGCUCGCUAAACCCGGCAAACUACUCCCUUUGAUUUCACUCAGUCAGGAAAAAAACAGUGGGACACACAUACCAAUUAUUACCGAGCUGGUGAACGACUCCAACGUACAGUUCCUGGACCAGGACGACGACGACGACCCGGACACGGAGCUCUACCUGACCCAACCCUUCGCCUGCGGCACGGCGUUCGCCGUCAGCGUGCUCGACUCCCUGAUGAGCGCGACCUACUUCAACGAUAACAUCUUGACUCUGAUAAGGACGCUGGUGACAGGUGGGGCGACCCCGGAGCUGGAGUCCCUAAUCGCCGAGGAGAACGCGCUCCGCGGAGGGUACAGCACCCCACAGACGCUGGCCAAUAGGGAUCGGUGCCGCGUAGCGCAGCUGGCGUUAUACGACGGGCCAUUCGCCGACCUGGGGGACGGUGGGUGUUACGGGGACUUGUACUGCAAAGCACUGAAGACGUACAAUAUGCUGUGCUUCGGGAUAUAUCGGCUGCGGGACGCUCAUCUAAGCACUCCGAGCCAGUGUACCAAAAGGUACGUCAUCACGAACCCUCCAUACGAGUUUGAGCUGGUGCCCACGGACCUCAUCUUCUGCCUGAUGCAGUUCGACCACAAUGCCAGCCAGUCUCGGGCCAGCUUGUCUCACUCUUCACACUCCUCGCACUCGUCGAGCAAAAAAAGCUCGUCCGUCCACUCCAUCCCAGCUUCGGCCAACCGGCAGAACCGCGCCAAGGCUCGCGACGCUCGUGACAAACAGAAGACGAAUAGAAUGGGUCAAGCAGAAAAGAAAUGGUAUACAGAUGAAACGGAUAACACUUAUCCCAGAAACAUUCAGAUUAAGCCAAUGAGUACGCACGCGGCUAAUCAAAUUAACCAGUACAAAUCAACAAGCAGCCUGAUACCGCCAAUCCGGGAAGUCGAAGAUGAAUGUUAAGCCGAGACUCAAAAAAAAACAAAAAACUUUUUUUUUAUAUAAAAAAAAAAGAAAAAUAAGAAAGGAAAAAAUAAUACUUUCUGAACUCGAGGACAUGUCCAGACAUGGAGGAUAAUGCCACAGGACAUAAAUAAAUUGUAUAAAAAAAAACCACCCCAUCGCGAAGGAGAUCGGGGGAGACGAUGUCGACGUGUAGGUCUACCCGUCCCGAGACUUUCGUAUUUCCAGCCAGCAAAACAGAGACUGCAAAAGAAGAAAGUGUACAAAUCUUUCAUUUAUAAACGAACAGCAUCUAUAUAACCAUGUAUAGCCUCUAGUGUUUUAAAUUAUUUUUAUUCGUUAGAAAGAAGAAGAAAAAAAAUAUAUAUAUAUAAAUAUAUAUUUUUAGUCACGUCUCUGCCCAAAAACCAAGGCCGAAGAAAAAAUAAUAAUAAUAAUAAUGCGCAAAACCGCCAUUGUGAUCAGAGAAUUCUAAACAAUUUUAUUUGCUUUUGUGUCAAACUGGUUAAUGCUAUGAACUGCAUCUCGGUUCUCUUCCGAGAACCUUGGCAAAUGUUGACCGGUCUGAGGGCCACGCGAAGCAUUGCGAAGGUCGAGGGUCUAGAAAGUGAUUGUCUUGUUUCAUGCUUCAGCCACAGAGUAUUGUAAGACAUCUGGAAAAAAAUCUUAAAAAUGGCUUAUUUUAUA